GUAAACCAACAGUAACUUCUGCAGGAAAUGAGCGAGUUCGUUCCAGUGUUUUAAGCGUUUUAGGAACAGGGGAAAUGUGUGGUGAUGGCAGUAUACGUUGUUAAUACUUUUAUCUUACUUGGAUUUAACAACCACUGAGAUCAACGGACACGAUGGAGAAGGCCGAGAUGGAGGAGAACUCCUUCGAGUCACUGGAGAAGGAGUUCCAGGAGGUGCUCAGUGAGCUGCUGGGUGACAAGAGCCUGGAGAAGUUCCGCGUGGAGUACGAGAAGCUGACCAACGCCCUGAAGAAGUCGCAUGAGAGCGAGAAGCGGCUGAUGACCAAAUGCCGGGAGCUCAAUGGCGAGAUCGUGUCCAACGCUGCCAAGGUGGCCACGGCACUGAAACUCUCUCAGGAGGACCAGACGACCAUCACUUCCCUCAAGAAGGAGAUCGAGAAGGCCUGGAGGAUGGUGGACACGGCCCACGACAAAGAGCAGCGUGCGGACGAGACCAUCCAGGCGCUGAAGCAGGAGAUCGUCAACCUCACCAAGCUGCUGGAGCAGGGCGCUGGGCUGUCUGUGGGACAGGAACAAACCGUGGGCGAUCUGUUGAAAGUUAGAGACGAGCUGAGCAAGGAGAGAGAUAACCUACUGAAGGAAGUGGUGACCUUACGUCAGAACCUCACCCAGGCCAUAUCCAACCAGCAGGACGUCGAGUCGCAGAAAGAAAGCGCCAUGGAGACCAUAACCAAGAUGCAGCAGGACAUCCAGGUGCGUCAGAAUGAGUGCUCGCGGGAGCUGCGUCGGCGUGAGAAGCUGGAGAAGGAGCUGCGUCAGCUCCACGCCGACCUGGACGCCAAGGUGGCCGACAUCAAGGCCCUGACCCAGCAGAUGCAGCGCAGCAAGGACGAACAGCAGCGCCAGGAGCAGCAGCUCAGGGAACAGAGGAUCCUGAACGAGAGGGCGACCAAAGAGCUGGAGCAGCUGCAGGUGCGCAACACCAAGCUGCAGCAGGAGAACGAGCAGCACAGCACGGGCCUGGAGCAGCUCAUCCUGGACAACCAGCAGCGCUCCUCCGACCUCAAGAUGAAAGACGAAGAGGUGGCUCAGAUGCGUCAGGAGAUCUCCAAGCUGACCAAAGUGCGCGAGGCCACCCAGCGCAGGCUGCGUCUGACCGAGGACCAGAAGCUGGAGGUGGAGCAGCAGAGGGACAUGCUGAAGAACCAGAUCACUGGCCUGGAGAAAGAGAUGGAGCUUUCCAAAAAGCAGAUGGAGGUAGACAAGAAAGCCAUCGAUGAGCUUGUGCGAGAGAGAGAUAUCUUGAACAAGAACAUGAUCAAGGCGGCCAACGCCACAGAGAAGCAGAUGAACAUGGUGAAGCUGCACGAGCAGUCCAAGAAGAACCUGGAGCAGGAGAUCAUGAACUACCGCGACGAGGCGCAGAAGCAGCGCAAGAUCAUCUACCAGCUGGAGAAGGAGCGUGACCGCUACAUCAACGAGGCUAGCGACCUCACGCAGAAGGUGUUGCAGCACAUGGAGGACAUCAAGGUGCGCGAGAUGCAGAUCUUCGAGUACAAGAAGAAGAUAGCUGAAGCGGAGACCAAACUCAAGCAGCAGCAGAACCUCUAUGAGGCCGUCCGGUCAGACCGGAACCUCUACAGCAAGAACCUGAUCGAGGCCCAGGAUGAGAUCACAGAGAUGAAGCGGAAGCUGAAGAUCAUGAACCACCAGAUCGACCAGCUGAAGGAGGAGAUCAACGGCAAGGAGGCGGCGCUGGUCAAGGAGCAUCUGGAGUUCCAGCGCGUGGAGAAGGAGAAGGAGGUUCUCAAGGCAGAGCUGCAGAAGCUGAAGCAGCAGGCCCUGGAGACGAAGCAGUUCAUCGACAACCAGGAGGCCGAGGAGCGCAAGCUGCUCAAGAUCAUAGCUGACGCUGACGCUGAGAGGCUCCGACAGAAAAAAGAAUUAGACCAGGUGAUCAGCGAGCGUGACAUCCUGGGCACGCAGCUGGUGCGGCGCAAUGACGAGCUGGCGCUGCUCUAUGAGAAGAUCAAGAUCCAGCAGUCCAUCCUGAGCAAGGGCGAGCUGCAGUACAGCCAGCGCGUGGAGGACCUGCGCCUGCUCAAGAUGGAGAUCAAGAGGCUGCGCCGCGAGAAGGGCAUCCUCAACAAGACCGUCGCCAACGUCGACGACCUCAGGCGUGAGGUGUACCACAUGCAGCGGGAGCUGCUGAAGGAGCGGACCAGAUGCAGGGCCCUGGAGGAGGAGCUGGAGAACCCCAUGAAUGUGCACCGCUGGAGGAGGCUGGAGGCCAGUGACCCCGGCACAUUUGAGCUGAUUCAGAAGAUCCACACACUGCAGCGCCGGCUCAUCUCCAAGACCGAGGAGGUGGUGGAGAAGGAGCUCUUGCUGCAGGAGAAGGAGAAGCUGUACGUGGAGCUGAAGCACAUCUUGGCCAGGCAGCCAGGGCCGGAGGCGGCCGAACAGCUGAUGAUCUACCAGCACACACUCCGCGAGAAGACCAAACAGCUCAAGGCGCUGACGUCGGAGCUGAACAUGUACGAGUCGCACGCGCAGGAGUACAAGUACGAGAUGGAGCGGCUGGCUGAGGAGCUGCAGAGCGUCAAGAACAAGUACCUGAGCCAGAAACGCAAGGAGCAGCAGGCCAAGCAGAAGGAGCGGGCACUGGUCCCGGUGGGGCCCCCCGACAUCCAGCCGCAGCGGGUGGACGGACCGCGCUUCGCCGGGGGCGGCUUCAACCUCAAGCAGACCAACAGAGUCACCGCCUAGCACCGGACCGGACCGUACAGCACACACACACACACACACACACACACACACAACAAACAAACUCUCUUUUUCUCUCUUGCUAUCUCUUUUGUCCUCCUACCAUCCUUCCUUUCUUUUCUCUUUCUUUCUUUGUCACCCCCUCUCUCUCUCAUUCCUUCCAUCCCAUGCUAUCUUCUCUCUCUCUCCAUGUCUCUCUCCCUCUCUUUCUGUGUCUCCCCCUCUCUGUCUCAUUUUUCUCUGUAUCCCUCCAUCCCUCCCUCUAUCCUCUGUCUUGUACUCCCUCUCUUGUGGGCUCCAUUGUCCCUCCUCUUACCCCUUUCUCUGUUUCUCACUCCUGCUCUCUCCAUUUCCCAAACAUCUCCCUCUCUCUGUCAGCCCCCCACCCCCACCACCUCCACCACCACACACACCCCCAGACUUGGUCAUCUUGUCCCCACCUCCCUCCUCUUCUCCUCAGAGUGCCCACUCCUACCCCUCUUCAUGCUGCCUUCCCAGCAUGGCUAACAAAGACAGAACUCUAUCACACACACACACACGCACACGCACACACGCAGUAAGUUUAUAAAUAAAUAAAAGAAGCUAAUUGAUUGAUUCCUAAACCAGG